AUGCGUCCCCUCCGCUUCUUGCUGUUACUCUUCUUCUUUGUCGCUCUGCCCGUGGCACUGACCUUCUGGUCAUUGCUGGCUGCAAGCGUAGACGCGGUCGACUCCUUUCAGCCUGGCUACAACACCAAGUCUGGUCGCCUGAGGGCUCUCUUCUCCUUCUCGACCCCCUCCUCCCUGUUCCCGCCCUCUGCGGUUAUUAGCCUGACCAACGACAACUCGACCUUCUUCCUAGCCAGGCCCGCUGCUUUUGGUCCUAACCUUCCGUCUAAGGGUCUGAGUGGUCAACUAUGGGUGGGCAAGGGCUUCGGAGACGAUGCUUUGCUGAAAGAGGAGAACAUCCAUGUGGCAGGAUGGGAACUGGGCUGCUCCGACGUCCCGGGCUGGGUUGAAGAGAGGGCAAAAGGCAUCAAGAACCUUCCAGCAGUCGACCAAAGUCAGGCAAAGCCCAAAGUAGCUCGAAGCAUUGAAAACGAUGGAUCAGGCCGCGAUGUUACCGAAUCCCUUUCCGACGAGAAUCUCCCACAAGACGAUGGUACUGACGACUAUCUACACCAUCCUCUCCCCGAUUCGAAUCCUGCAACACCCGGUAAACCAGGCGAGCCUGCCAACGUCAAUCUUUCAGACAAGAAAAAGAAAGCCACCCAUGCCGACAUAGAGUCGCUGCAAGAGAGCGCCGACAUUGCGGGCAAGAUUGUCAUGCUCAGCCGUGGCGGCUGCGGGUUCUUGGAGAAAGUCAAAUGGGCUCAGCGACGUGGGGGCAUUGCCCUGAUUGUUGGUGACAACGAAAAGGGCGCCCAGUUGACAAUCAUGUACGCAAAGGGCGAUACCUCGAAUAUAACAAUCCCUGCGCUGUUCACCUCAUACACGUCCGCGCACCUCUUAUCUUCACUGGUGCCUCAAGACGAUGGUGAUGACGAAAACGCUAACUCUAAGGGACAUGACAAGGCUACGACGGUGAUUUCGGGUGCAGAUCAGAAACAGCAGGCGAACAAACCGGUCUUUACGUCCACCAAACCAGUAGCUACGAGGCCGACCUCUGUAUUGGCAGCUGCAGCCGAGGAGGAGCAGGAAGAGAGCUGGGUGAAGAAUGUCCUCUCAGCCAUGGGACUAGGAGAUAACUCUCCGUUUUCCCAUUCUGAGGAUAGCCGUCGACCUCCUAGCAGUGGAAAUAUCGAUUGGGUCCUCCUGGAGGACUGGAAAGAGGAGGCUCGACCAGAUCUCAAGGACAGUAAAAACACAUUAACCAGUGCCGCUACGAUAAUCACCUCCACACUCAAGGCAAAAUCGACAAGUUCCAAACGGCCUGGAGGGGAUGAUUUUGUAAUCGGAGUACAAGACUGGCGAGACACAGAUCUUGUAGCACCAAAGCCCACCACCACUGCACAGACCGCUCCUGAAGAGGCCGGCAAGGGCUUGCCCACGGAUACCGCGAGCUCGGCGAAAGCUUCCACUAGUCUGGAUGCAGCUCUGAAAGGUGGCAGCAUCACUCCCGGCAGCGGAGAAUACGACCAUGAAAAGUCGGAGCAUCUGAACCACUUCCAGCGAGGCAACACGCCUGCGAACCGGGCGUUCAGUAAUAACCACGCUCGCCAGGGUCAAGAAAAGGGUUCAUGGUUCCACGUUUUCCGCUCUGGUCAGGGCAUGAAAGAGGUUCUGCAAGAGAAUGAAGCUAUAAAUGACAAGGACAGCCGGGGAAAGGAAAAGGGCCCGAACUCUGCGGCUGCAGGCGAAGAGCAUGAUCACGCCGGCCUAUGGGUUACCCUCACGCCCACCAGCGUCUCUGCAAGUCCAUUUUUCGACACACUCCUCGUCCUAGUGGUCAGCCCACUUGUCACUUUGACAGUUGUCUACGCGCUUCUGCUCCUCCGCUCACGGAUUCGGCGUCGAAGAUGGCGUGCACCGAAAUCCCUGGUCGACCGGUUACCGGUUCGCACGUACCACACUAUGGGUACGGCUUCAUCCACCACUUCUUCGCGAGUUGAAUCGCCGGAUGGAGCCUCUCCUACUUCACCACUGCUCAUCUCCGCAAGCCAGAGCGUGUCUCACCGGCCUCGUCCGCGUUCACAAACCACCACGGGCAUCUUCUCUGGUGGAAGUGUAGAAAGUCAGCUUUCGCAUUCCCGAAGCCCGCACACAGAAAAGCACACCUCGAAACCUGCAAAACGGAAGCGCUACACAGGUCGACAAGUCGAAUGUGUGGUAUGUCUCGAAGAGUACGUCGAUGGCGAAAGUCAAGUCAUGUCCCUGCCCUGUGGGCACGAAUUCCAUGUCGAGUGUAUUACGCCUUGGCUCGUUACAAGGAGGCGGACCUGCCCCAUUUGUAAGGGUGAUGUUGUAAGAAGUAUGGCGAGACAAGGAACGCAGAGGUAUGAUGACGAGGAGGAGGAAGAGGAUGACGAUAGCGGCGACAGCCUUGAAAUCGGACGGAGGGAACGUGAAAGAACGAGCGACGAUGUUCAAAAUCGAGUAGCUCAGACUGUGAACCAGGAACCCAGUGCGGCGAUUCCGAUCCCUACUUUGAGCAGGGAAGAUGAGGAUGUGGAACGAGGGCAGGACCUUGACGUACCACUUCUAGAUAGGGAGAGAGGCGGGGACAGAGAAAGACAUUCUAUGUGGAGAAAUAUGGUCUCUGCGAGUGUGAGUCGACUCAGUGGGGAUACACUCUGGCGACAGACGCCUGUGGACCGAAGCCGGUGA